AUGGCGUCGAGGAAAUUGAAGUUGCUGCAAAUUAUCUUAUUUACAUUGGAGGCGUACAAAGCGUCCGCUUUUUACGUCGGCCAACCGUACUCCGACGUUGUGGUACCGAUACCCGAAGUGUCAGUCACCAUCGGUGGAACGAUGACCGCGUAUCCAGUACAACGUGAAGAAGUACAAAUAGAACAGUUCACUAGCACACAGUUCCAAAUUGAGGAGCCGAUUGUGAAUGUACAGUCUUUUCCCUACCCUAACUACUUUCCACCUUUGCAGCAACCACAAAUCUUAAUUGUUGACGAAGGCAACAAAAAUAAUAAUCUUGAUUUAAUAUUAUUACUGCUGCUUUUGGGUAACAGAGGUACGAAUAAUGGAUGCGGUGGUUCUAACGGUUGUAAUGGCAACAAUUGUUACAGUACUUGUUACAGUGGUUGCUAUGGGUAUCGAUAA